AUGGAUAAAUUCCGGAUGGUUUUCCAGUUCCUGCAGUCUAACCAAGAGUCCUUCCUGAAUGGCUUGUGUGGGAUUCUCGCCCUGGCCAGUGCUCAGAUUUAUUCCGCCUUUGACUUUAACUGUCCGUGCCUACCCGGCUAUAACCUGCUGUACGGCCUGGGUCUGAUGUCGGUGCCGCCUGUGGUGCUCUUCUUGCUGGGCUUCGUGUUAAACAACAACGUGUCGGUGCUGGCGGAGGAGUGCAGGAGGCCGGAGGGACUGCGGGCCAAGGAGCCGGGGGUUCUCCGCUACAUGCUGUGCUCAAUGGCCCAGAGAGCGCUCAUUGCUCCCCUCAUCUGGCUCAGUGUCACCCUCCUGGACGGAAAGUGCUUCAUCUGCGCCUUCAGUGAGAGCCUGGAGCCUCGGAGGCUGGGGCUCAACCUGUCCGGAGCUCUCCCGGCUCAGCCCCAGCUCCGCCGCCUCCUCGCCACCGUACCCUGCCCUGACAUGUUCCCCCAGCAAACUGCCCUGUCCCGGGAGGGAGCAACCCGCUACCUGCGCUGCCUGUCCCAGGCUCUAGGUUGGUGCUUUAUUUUGAUGAUGACUUUCUUGGCUUUCCUGGUGAGAGCAAUGCGACCUUGCUUCACCCAAGUUGCCUUCCUGAAGACAAAAUAUUGGUCCCAUUACAUUGAUAUUGAGCGCAAGCUGUUCGAGGAAAUGUGCACAGAACAUGCUAAGAGUUUCGCCAAGGUCUGUAUCCAGCAGUUUUUUGAGGGGUUUCAGGACGAGAUGGUCAGAGGUUACAGUCACUAUCAGAUGCCAAGGCUCCAUGAUAUCGAAACUGGUGAAGAGCAGGAGAAGCUCUUUGGUAUCACUGACAGUGCGAAUAUGAAUAAACUGCUGAGGAACUGGCACAAGUGCAAACCACCAUUAAAUGUGACCACGGGUGUGAAGGAGGAUGUCCAUCAGAAUGGUGAUGUGAACCUGGUCCCCAGUAAGUGUGCUCAGCCACGCAGGGAGAACAUUGUCUUCUACAGCAAGGUCUGA